AUGGUCAAGUUCGCUUCCGUCGUUGCACUUGUUGCUCCCCUGGCCGCUGCCGCUCCUCAGAACACCCCCAACAUUGUUGGCGGAACUACUGCCGGCUCUGGCGACUUUCCCUUCAUCGUGAGCAUCAGCCGCAACGGCGGCCCAUGGUGUGGAGGUACUCUCCUCAAUGCCAACACCGUCUUGACUGCUGCCCACUGCGUUUCCGGAUACGCUCAGAGCGGUUUCCAGAUCCGUGCUGGUAGUCUGUCUCGCACUACUGGUGGUCGUACCUCUACCCUUUCUUCCGUCAGAGUCCACCCUAGCUACAGCGGAAACAACAACGAUCUCGCUAUCCUGAAGCUUACCACUUCCAUCCCAUCCGGUGGAGCCAUCGGCUAUGCCACUCUGGCUGCUUCCGGAUCCGACCCUGCCGCUGGAUCUACUGCCACAGUUGCUGGCUGGGGUGCUACCUCCGAGGGCGGAACCUCUACUCCCGUCAACCUUCUGAAGGUUUCUGUCCCUAUUGUGUCUCGUGCUACCUGCCGAUCGCAGUACGGUACCUCUGCCAUCACCGAGCAGAUGUUCUGUGCUGGUGUUGCUUCCGGUGGCAAGGACUCUUGCCAGGGUGACAGCGGUGGUCCCAUCGUCGACAGCUCUAACACUGUCAUUGGUGCUGUCUCUUGGGGUAACGGAUGUGCCCGUCCCAACCAGUCCGGUGUCUACGCCCGCGUUGGUGCUCUCCGCUCUUUCAUUGACAGCAACGCUUAA